AAAGAAAGAAAGAAAACGUCAAACGAUGAACGCAUCAUCGUAUUAUAUAUUUGUUGUUGUUGUGCGAGGAUAAAAUUUUACGUCUUACGUCUUGAUUUGUAAUAGAAAAAAUUUCAUUAGAAAUCGAUAAAAAUCAUUAAUUUUUUUAAUAAUUAUUAAUUUAAAAAUAAGCCUUGCAACUUCAACCAGUUUUUUAAUAAAAGCAAUAGUUGUGGAUAAUGGCAUCGGGGACUACUUUACAGAAAGCCAUCGAUUUAGUAACAAAAGCUACGGAAGAGGAUCGUAAUAAAAAUUAUGCAGAGGCUUUGCGUCUAUACGAACAUGGUGUGGAAUAUUUUCUACAUGCUAUAAAAUAUGAAGCUCAGGGCGAGAAGGCAAAGGAUUCGAUAAGAGCCAAAUGCCUGCAGUAUUUGGAUCGUGCUGAAAAACUUAAGGAAUAUUUGAAGAAAGGCAAAAAGAAGCCAGUCAAAGAGGGUGAAUCUAGUUCAAAAGAUGACAAGGACAAGAAAAGCGACAGCGAUUCGGAUGGCGAAGAUCCGGAAAAGAAGAAAUUACAAAGUAAACUGGAGGGCGCCAUUGUCAUUGAGAAGCCCAAAGUGAAAUGGUCCGAUGUGGCUGGUUUGGAUGCUGCCAAAGAAGCCCUUAAAGAAGCUGUCAUUUUACCCAUUAAAUUCCCUCAUCUCUUUACCGGCAAACGCAUCCCCUGGAAGGGUAUUUUGCUUUUCGGUCCCCCUGGUACGGGUAAAUCUUAUUUGGCCAAAGCUGUGGCCACCGAGGCAAACAAUUCCACUUUCUUCUCGGUUUCCAGUUCGGAUCUUAUGUCAAAAUGGCUGGGCGAAUCUGAGAAACUUGUUAAGAAUCUCUUCGAGUUGGCCCGCCAACAUAAACCAUCCAUUAUCUUUAUCGAUGAAAUCGAUUCUAUGUGUUCGGCUCGUUCUGACAAUGAAAACGACAGUGUACGUCGUAUUAAGACGGAAUUUCUGGUACAAAUGCAAGGUGUAGGCAAUGAUACUGAUGGUAUUCUGGUUUUGGGUGCCACAAAUAUACCUUGGGUAUUGGAUUCUGCUAUUCGUCGUCGUUUUGAGAAACGUAUUUACAUACCCUUGCCAGAAGCUCAUGCUCGUUUAGUUAUGUUUAAAAUACAUUUGGGCAAUACAACACAUGUUUUGACGGAGGCCGAUCUGAAGGAGUUGGCUGGCAAAACGGAGGGCUAUUCUGGUGCCGAUAUAUCAAUUGUCGUGCGUGAUGCUCUUAUGGAGCCAGUACGCAAAGUACAAACUGCUACACACUUCAAACGUGUUACGGGUCCUUCACCUGUUAAUAAAGAGGAAAUCGUGGAUGAUUUAUUAGUACCCUGUUCACCGGGCGAUGCAGGUGCCACGGAAAUGUCCUGGAUGGAUGUGCCAAGUGAUAAAUUAUUCGAGCCACCUGUAACCAUGCGUGAUAUGUUAAAAUCUUUAUCACGUACUAAGCCCACAGUGAAUGAUGAUGAUUUAAUAAAACUACGUAAAUUCACAGAAGACUUUGGUCAAGAAGGUUAAAGAAAUUUUGGGAGUAAAUCCACGUUUAAGAAAACAACUGAAACUAUUUAAAUAAAAUUCUAUAAAAUUAAAAUUAAGCACUUUAUAAUUUUUUUUUUAUUUUUAAAUUUAAUUUUCUUUUUAUGUUUUGGCCAUUUAAUUGUUAAAUACUUUUUUCAGUUCAAUUUAUUCACUAUUUUUGAUAUUAAUGUUUUGAAAAGCAUUUGUUUUCUACUUAAACUUAAAGAAAAAUAAUAAACAAAAUAAACUCAA